UCUCUCACCGAAAGGAUGCGGGUUCUGCACAGAUGGACUUUGUGCAAAUCAGGGGAACCCGGCAGGAAGGGAAAGGCCGCCACCUGCUUGGACGCUGCUCGGACUGGAGCCCCCGGGAUCUCGCAGGCCUUCUGGACCCCUUGUUGUUGGGGCGUCUCCUGGAGCCAGCCUGGACGCAGCCGGUCUCCAAGCGACUGGCCGGCCGGAGGGCUCUGCGGCUCUGUGCGGUUGCUCCCUUUUCCUGCCAUCGAUCAGGUCUCGGAUCCAACCUGCCACCCUGCCUGUUCCGCACGGCCGGCUGCGGCUGCUGCUGCGGGAGAACCCCGGAGGGAUUUCGGACCCUGCCUGCUCUCCCGGUCACCGUCCCACCCCCGGGAUUUGCUCCUCAUUCAGGCCAGGCGUUCUGUCUGCUGCCCCCGUGCACCGUCUCUACUUCGCCCUGGUUCCCCGGCCAGGUGUCCCACCAGAGCCCAGCUCUUCUGCCCGUGGAAGGGGGUGCCAGGCUGCAGAGCCAAGGAGGUGGCCCCAAAUCUGAACACUGCCCAACGGGCACGAACCCCCUUCCCGCCAGGAAGCCCGGAGGUGCUUGCCCUGGGCUGGCACUGGUGGCGCAAGACCACAGGAGCACGCUGGGGAGGCCGGCGUUCCUUCCGGCACUGUCGCCUCGGGAGGAAGAUGAGUUUAAAAGAAGAGCGGCAGGGACCUCUCCCUUCCGACGGAGGCGAGGCCUUCCUCAACGCGAAACCUGAGCCAGCGCUGUGAGCCUCCUCCGAGAACCAGGCCAAGCUGUUCCCGGGUCCCUGCGGGCGGAGGGAGGGCUCGGCUGCUCCCCACCACCGAGCCGCCUCCAGCCAGAGGCCUCCCCAGUUUGAAGCCAGUGGCUGCUUUGGCUCAGCCACCCCCACCCCACCUACGGCCGUAGCAAGUCUGCCUGGGCCCCUCAGCCAAGAGGCCGGCUUGAGGAGCCCCUGGGUCCUGGAGGCCAAGGGCCUGAUCCUUCUCCCUCCCACACAGCCUCUGUCGCUACAGAUCUGCUCAGAUAAUCCAGUGGCCACGCUCCUGCCUGGCACUGGGGUUCAAAGCCACAGGGAGAACGAUUCCCGUUACCGGUGUAGUAAUGUAGGAUUGCACAGUGCGGUCCUAGCCCUUGGAUCGCCUUUGAACAAAUGCAGAAAUGCUGGCAAUUGCCUUUUUGUUUGUUUGUUUGUUUGAAACUAUAAAGCAAUGUUAAUAUUAUGGUCUGUUUAGCCAUAGCAUCCUACUCUGUCUGUAGGAUGCAUUGAAUGGCUCUUUUGCACAUCCUGUAAUUUGUCAUUUUAAUGUUAAGUGUGAACAGCCGACCACCCUCACGUGCCUGCUUUCAAAGAAUUAAGGAGUCUGAUGAUGGAAGACGGGACAUUUCUAACAAAAUAACAUGCCGUCUAUGGAAUACAAGCACUGUUAAAGCAACAGCUCAUUGCCUGUAAGUGGGACGUUCCUGAAACUACAACAGACCCCACUGUUUUCUCCUCUUCAAAACUGAGCCUCAGAUGUUACACACUGAGCAUGGCCAAGCCUCAAAGACCGGGUGCCGAAGACCACAGAGAGCCAGAGGUCAACUGGUAGGAUCCUAGGCCUGCAGAGCUGGGAGGGGCUCCCGAAGGUCCUCUAGUCUAUUCCCCCCCUCCCGGGUCUCCUGCAGAUCUCUGAUCUUUUGGGACAUCGCCAGAUCUGCACCUUUUUUUUGCACCUACUGACCCCAUCAUCCCCCUGCCUGAAAUACAAACUCAAGAGUUGCAAUGCAAAUAAAAGUUAAUGGUGAUUAUCA